CUUGUCUGCUGGAGCGAAAGAGAAGAAGAAGAAGAAGACCCUUCUUGUUCGAGUUCCUUGUUUCUUGCUCUUCUUUGAGGACGCGGAAGGAAGGGGAGAGAAGAGGGAAGCGUGGAGAAAGGGUUUUGAGCGGUUUCGGGGUGAUCUCUGCUUGCUGAUCUGGGUUUGGAUUGGAGGUUUGCGUGGUUUGAUUUGGUGGAGAUUGAGGUUUUGUUGAGUUGAAGGGGUUUGUAGGGUUUGGGGAUUGGGUUUUGGUGGAUUUCAGUGGGGUUUUUGUUUUUUUAAAUUUUUUUGGGGUUUUGGUUGUUUUUUUGUUUGAUUUUGGGGUGGUGAUGGUUUGAUCUUGUUUGGGGGGUUGGUUGUGUUGGGAGAGUAUUGAUUUGGUUGUUGGAAGUCAGAGGGUUUCUCGUUUUGAUUGAGUUUGGGUUGUGAGUUGGGGAUUUGAAAGGGGUUUUCAGGGCUGGAAGAGAUCUCAGUGUUGAAUUUUGUAGGAAUUCAGGGUUCUUCGUUUGUGAUCUUUGUUUAUUUCGGGUUUUAGGGUGGUGAGGGCUUGGAUCUCUUGAGUUUAGGUCUAUUUGCUUGGAGAUCAGCCGUGGAUGAGAGAUCUGGGUCUUAAAACGUGAGAUGACGUCAACGGAGGCUCCGGCGAGGGUGAACGGCGGCAAUGGGAGGGAGAGUCAUCCCUCUGGUGGUAGCGCGCCUGAAGGAGGUGGAUACGAUGCCGGACGGGGUUUCGGUGCCGGGAUGGGCGGGAGAGAAUCGGAUGAUGCUCUUUAUAGGGAGCUGUGGCAUGCGUGCGCGGGGCCGCUGGUGACGGUGCCUCGCGUGGGUGAGAGGGUUUUCUAUUUCCCUCAGGGCCAUAUAGAGCAAGUGGAGGCCUCAACUAAUCAAGUGCCGGAGCAGCAAAUGAAGAUCUAUGAUCUGCCAUCUAAGAUUCUUUGCAGAGUGCUCAAUGUUGAGUUGAAGGCAGAGCUGGACACAGAUGAGGUCUUUGCUCAGGUGACGUUGGCUCCAGAAUCAAAGCAAGAUGAGAACUCAGUGGAGAAGGAGAGUUUGCCACCCCCGCCUCCUCGGCCACAUGUCCAUUCAUUCUGUAAGACACUCACAUCCUCUGAUACAAGUACUCAUGGUGGGUUCUCUGUUUUGAGAAGGCAUGCGGAUGAAUGUCUCCCUCCACUGGACAUGAGCCAGCAGCCCCCAUCGCAAGAGUUGGUGGCCAAAGAUCUGCACGGAAUUGAAUGGCGCUUCCGGCACAUCUUUCGUGGUCAACCAAGGAGGCAUUUGCUUCAAAGUGGUUGGAGUGUAUUUGUUAGUUCCAAAAGACUUGUUGCUGGAGAUGCCUUCAUAUUUCUCAGAGGUGAGAAUGGUGAACUACGGGUUGGGGUGAGGCGAGCGAUGAGACAUCAGUCUAAUGUUCCAUCUUCAGUCAUUUCCAGUCAUAGCAUGCAUCUAGGUGUCCUUGCAACAGCAUGGCAUGCUGUCACCACAGGAACCAUGUUUACUGUCUACUACAAGCCAAGGACCAGCCCUUCUGAAUUUAUUGUUCCAUAUGACCAAUACAUGGAGUCCCUCAAAGUCAAUUAUACCAUAGGGACAAGGUUUAAAAUGAAAUUUGAAGGUGAAGAAGCCCCAGAGCGAAGGUUUACUGGCACUAUAAUCAGCAUAGAAGAUGUUGAUUCCAACAAAUGGCCUUCUUCAAAAUGGAGGUGCCUCAAGGUGCAAUGGGAUGAAACUUCUUCUGUUCCUCGUCCAGAUCGGGUUUCUCCUUGGAAAAUAGAACCUGCUUUAAGUCCCAUGAACCCCCUUCCUGUGGCUAGACCCAAAAGACCAAGACCACAGUCAAUACCAUUGUCUUCUGAGUCAUCUGUCCUGAUUAGAUCUGGUGCACCUAAAGUAUCUGUGGAUCUUUCCCAAGCUCAUGGAAUUCCUAGUGUCAUUAAUGGCCCAGAAAUCAUGGCCCUAAGAAGCAAUGUUACUGAUAGCAGUGACUCAGAUAUUGUUCAAAACCCCGUCCUGUGGCCUGCAUUACAUAAUGAGGAGAAAAACGAUAGUGGUUCUGCUCAAAGGAGGCUAGGUUCAGAGAACUGGAUGCCAAUGCCAAGACAUGAACCUGUCUUGACAGAUAUACUAUCAUUUGAAACUCCUCGAGGAAGCUCGAAAGGGGGGCUUUUCUUGAACCAGACUACAAGUGAGAUUAAUAGUUCAAGGAAUUGCUUUAAAGAUCAGGAAGGAGAGUUCAAUUUCCUACCAGGCUCAUGGUCAUUGAUGCCCUCAAAUUCUUACCUACCCAUGAAUGAUUCAAGCCUAAGAACAGCCGCACAAACUAGUGAAUCACCUUACCAUAAGCCUGGAAAUGCUACUUACAGUGGUUUUGGGUGUAACCCUGCUUCUCAAGCUCUUGGUGCGGAGAAACAUCCACCACAUUGGCUAGCUCAUCAUCUGUCACCUAAUUCUGAAACAGAAGCUGCGUCACAUCCAAGGUUUGUGAGACCUCAAUCUUUAACAGCAAUCCACCAAGAGUCUACCACAACCAAAGCAAGUGGCAACUGCAUGCUCUUUGGUUUCCAUUUGAACAGUACCCCAGCAGUCCCAGACCAAGCAUUAUCACACAUGAAUGCAAUCCAAGAGUCGGAGCCUGAUGUUCACCCAGAUGUUACCUUGGGCCAAUUGCAUCCCCCAGAAGCUGAAGCAUGUUCAUUGCAAUCUAAAGGAACAAAAUCAGUUGACUCUUCUCAUACGGGUAGCGAGCAGGAUUUGAAUCCAGCAAAGGAUGUUCACAGCAAGCAUUAUGGUGGUUCAGUGAGAAGUUGUACAAAGGUACACAAGCAGGGGAUCGCUCUUGGGAGGUCUGUGGACCUCACAAAGUUCAAUGGAUAUAGUGAGCUCCUAGCAGAGUUAGAUAAGAUGUUUGAAUUUGAGGGUGAAUUGAUGGCUCCCAAUAAGAAUUGGCUGGUUGUAUAUACAGACAAUGAGGGGGAUAUGAUGCUUGUUGGGGAUGAUCCCUGGCAGGAAUUUUGUGGGAUGGUUCGAAAGAUCUCCAUAUACACCAGGGAGGAGGUUCAGAAGAUGAAUGCAGGAACACUCAACCCGAGGGUUGAGAAUUUCCCUGUCAAAGAAGGGGAAACAGUUGAGAAAGAAAACAAUUGAGACCAAAACCAGGGCAGACAGUGUGUGGGCAUUUGUGGACAAAGCGAAAAACAUGUAUUGAUGGGUCAUCAUCAAUGGUUGGUUCUCUCUGCUGAAGAAAUCACUGACUCACCGGUAAGCCUCUGGUCUGCGCCCACUACCAUCUUCUCUCCGCCUUGUCUUGGUAUUGGUGGUGCUGUGCUUAUUUACUUGAUUUAUCAAAACCAACCAACCAACCAACCAACCACCCAUCUUAUAAAUAUUUCUUAUUUUUAUCUCCUUGUGCCCAUCCCUGGGUACCUGAUUUAUAUUAACACCACCCUCUUUUCUUCGAUUUCUAUUUGCUGACCCAGAGUCGUCGUCGUUGUUUGUACCUUGUGCUUUUACCCCCUGCUGUGAGUAUAGUAACAGCCCCUUUGAAAUGUAGCUGGCUUUUUUAUCUUCUUUUUGCGUUUUUAUUCAGCUGUCUAUGUUGAAGGUCAGGUUAAUUAAUGUGUGAGAUAUGCAGUAGCAGUAUAUAUAUAUACAUACACAGUAUAUAUAUAUAUAGCUUUGGCUCUCUGAUUGCUAGAAUGAUUGAUAAUAUUAUUAUCCUUGCUUCUCUCUUCUUCCA